UCAGUUCCUCUCUCCUCCCCGCGCGAUGGCGGCGACUCCGGCGAGCGGCGGCGCGUACUCGUGCGAGACGGCGGCGCGGACCCGUGAGUGGAUGGAGGCCCUCGCCGCCUUCCUCGGCCGCCACCGCCCGCUGCUCGAGGCCCACGUCGUCAACUUCUUCAAGGACAGGAUGUGGGAGCUGGUGGACGCCGAGUGGAUGGAGUGCCUCCGGCGGGAGCCCGUGGAGAGCUUGCUCAAGCUGCCAUCCGGUUGCGUCCAGGAGCACUGGCCCGCUACGCUGCGAGAGUUUGUGCUUACUGCUAGGUCGCUUGUUAUUCCACGGGAGCAGAAGGCUCCGCAGUCGCUUGUACCUGAUAUUCAUGUAGCUUCCAUUGGCACCGUUCUCGCUCAAGGCAUGAACUCAAAGAAGAAGCACGAAAUCGAAAAUCUAGCUGCGGUGGUACAUGCGAUUGCUAAGAGUUGUGGAGCCAAGACAGUGGUUGAUGUAGGUUCUGGCCAGGGCUAUCUUGCACAAGCUUUAUCUUUUGAGUACCAACUCCCUGUUGUUGCAAUAGAUGCUUCAUCACAUCAUGCAUCAGUUACAGUUGCUCGUGCAGAGAGAAUAAAGAAGUACUAUGCUGCUAAAUGUGUGGAGAAGCAAUUUCUCAAAGUACCUAGGACCAUCACCUGUCAUGUUCUUUCUAGUGACACAUUGGCAGCUGUCACGUUGGGCGCAUGUAAGGACGACAAUGGUGAACAUUUAAGAGAAACUAAGGCCUGUACUGAGAAAAGCCCUCAAAUCCAGGAACCAACUCAGAGCAGCCCACCAUUAAUCCUUGCUGGUCUUCAUGCUUGUGGUGAUCUUUCUGUUAACAUGCUAAGAGUUUUUGUGUCCUGCGAACAAGUAAAAGCAUUGGUAAGCGUUGGCUGCUGUUACAACUUGCUUUCUGAGGAUUCUUAUGAGGACACGAACACCUGUCCUGGUUUUCCUAUGAGCAAAGCUGCCAAACUAUCUGAACUGGUGCUUGGGAAAAGCAUUCGUGAUCUUGCUUGCCAGAGUGCAGAGAGAUGGAGAAGUCUCACCAUGGACAUCGCACUGCAAAAUUUUGAUGUACAUGCCUUCCGAGCUGCAUUUCAAAUGGUACUUGAGAAAUAUUUUCCAGAAGUGUCAAGGUUGAGUCCAUCAAUUGGAAGGCAAGGAAAAGCUCUUCGACGUCAGAGGCUUCGGAAAGUUGUGGAAUCACAAAUGGCUAAAGAGAAAAUUGAUGAUUUCUCCUGUUCAACUUUAAAGGAACAAAACGCGAACACAGGUGAUGUUGAUUCAGUCAUAUAUGGCGUUGACACAGGACCAGAUGACAUCCAUCAUGAUGAACGUCGAAAGUUUGCCCUUUUCAAAGAUUUUACACUAUCAGGAUUAUGUCGCCUUGGCUGCGGUUCAGUGGAAGACACAAGUCUGCUUGAAAUAUGGAAGGAUGUGCACCCCUUCUCUGAAUAUAUAGGUCCCUUUUGGUGCCUUCGGGCUGCUUUAGGUCCACUGGUUGAAACAUAUAUUUUACUUGAUCGGUUAUUAUUUCUUCAAGAACAAAGCAACCUAGUCGAAGCAUUGUUGUUUCCUCUAUUUGAUCCUACGCUGUCUCCAAGGAACAUGGCCAUAAUUGCUUGGAAGUUAUCUGCAAAUUCUUCAGAAGCAUGACAUGGUAAAUCUUCUGAUGCCGGAAUAUGUAGGGGAAUAUAUGUAGGUUGAUGAGAUGUUGUGUUGGUACAAAAGUAUAACAUUCAGAUUCUUGUGGCAGAACUUGUUCGUUCAUUAUAUUUAGAUACAAUAUUGUAUAUGUUGUCUUGGCGUAUAAAACAAACACUGAAGAUAGUCUUUUUGAAAUUAUGAUAGCAAUGGAUUAUGAGGCUAUCUAGAUAUACUCGAGUUGCUUCUUUGUUGCAUCCUAGCUUCUUGCAGAGUGUAUUUUGCAGCUUGUGUGAUGUUCAGAUCUUGCGAGAAUGUGGUAGGCCAAUCUCUCCCUCAGUAUUUCUGCACAGGUAAGAAAGACGAACUCCAUCAGGCAAGAUCUUGCAAAUCUAGUUGCAGGAAUGUGCAAGAUACUGCCCUCAAAGAGUGUGCCUUUAUCCAUUAAAUGCUAGGUGUACAUCUACAUCGAUUCCAUGGCCAGAGUGCUUGCUUGCUUGCUCAUUUUUCUAAAGUGAUCAAGAAACAAGUUGCUAUGGAACAUUAUCCUUCCUGCAAUAUGUGUAUAUGUGUUCUAUGCAAGAACUUGUGUACAUGUCAUUACUCAUUGUUGGACCAAGGAUAAAGGCCCCCGCCCCUCCCACUAUAACACCUGGGUUUUAUGGUCGGGUUGACUAGGUGGGGCGCUCUAACUUGGUACCAGAGCCGAGGUCCUGAGUUCGAUCCCUCCCGGCCACGCAUUUCCGCUGCGCGAUUUCCCCUGCGUCUCUCGUGUGCUGAGACCUGCUGCGGGCUACGCCGGGCUCGCACGCCGUAGGGGGAAUGUUGGACCAAGGAUAAAGGCCCCCGCCCCUCCCACUAUAACACCUGGGU